AUGCAACAGCCUGCGUCUACCCACCACCAGUGGAACCCGUACCACUUGUUGAAAAGCCCACAUGGCAUUGAUACUGUCUUGGUCGCAGUGUGUUCCGUGGAGCGGAUUGACACAGUGGAAGGCGGAGGACUGUCCGUGCUGGGCCUGUCGUUGAACAACCAUUGCGGAGUCGCUUUGCUGGUCUUCUCUGCCUUCUUCCUGCUCAUUGGGCUCAUCCUCACUGUGAUCGCCUUCUCCAACUCGGUUCGGUCAGAUUUCAAUGACGAUCCGAACCGACUGGGCUUCUUGCAACGCAACCGGCUCACCCUGCGCGUUGUUGGACCCUGCAUGAUCGUCUCCGGCUUCAUCAUGGCCGCCUGUGGCAUGUGCUUCUGCGCCCUCAACUGGAAGGUGAAGCAGGAAGAGAAGGAGAAGGAAGACCUGGAGUACCAUUGCCCAUUGCACGAUCACGGCGAAUCGCGAUUGACGAGUCAUCACAGGUCUCGGAACUCGGUCAGUUCUGCACUUCCCAUGGGCAUUGCGACCGCCCAGUACAGCUCAGCCAGCCGGCCCGGAACUCGGGACUCGUCGCGUCCAGUCACUCGAGACUCGUCGCGUCCAGUGACUCGAGACUCUUUGAUGAGCGCCGGCGGAAUGUCCCUGUUCGACCGGAGUGUGCGAGCCACUGGUCCCAUUGGUGGACUCUUUGGAGUGGUGGACCGUGGUGCAGGCGGUGGUUCCAGCGGUGGUAUCAUCCAGGAGGAAGACCGCAAUACGCCUAGCGACGAGUUCGAGUACGAUGUUGAUGAGGAUGGGCGACGAGCCUCGUCCGCUUUGCCCGUUUUCCUGCCGAUUUUCGACGCUUUGCGGAGGUGGUGUGGUGUGAUGGACACGGCGGGGGUCAAGCUUUUGUCUCAAAUUUGUUCCUUUGGCGCUUUGACCCCCGGGCUCACGAGCACGGCGGUUUUGUUACUCCCCACGAACUCAUUGCAGUCCAGCGGCGGUUGCGAUUUGUGCUACGAGCGGGCCAAGACCGCCAAGUCGAUCGAGGAAUAUGAAGAGACCGAGAAGUAUUUGAAUACAAUGGGUCGAGAGACGAUCAAAGGCGCUGACAUUGCUUGUUUCCCUCGUCCGCUGACUCCGAACAAUACAAUUGGCGACUUCGGAUUGCCCGGAGCAGCAAAUGGCAGCAUUGAUCAGCCGGGAUCGAUUCCGGACAACAACAACGGCGAGCAAGGACCGCCGAGCGUGAACAAGCCAUCUAGUCCAUGAGGCUCUUCUUUCUUUUUUUUUGUGGAUCCUCGCACCAUUUGUGGUUCUCGCGUCUGUGGAUGGAUGCAUUUUUGCUCAUAGGCUCCCGGAUUUUGCCCAUUUCUCCUUCUUGUUUUUUUUUUUACUCGCGAACGCGUCGGAGUAGCAAAAAUUAAGUCUGUAUUUCUUUUCUUUCCGUUCACCUCCGCCGCGUUCCUGUCGUUCAUCAUUCGGUGUGCUUUUUGUGACGUUGUCUUCUCUCUUUUUUUCCUCAGCUCAGAUGACGGAUGAUCAUGAAACUUGGCCCAAGCAUUGCUUUAUUGCUGAUGAUCAUACCGUGUUGGAAUUUUUCGAAUAUUUAAAAAUGACUCGUGUCUAAACACGUAGGUGAACCCUAAUGAAGACAAUUGUAUUUUUAACUGGAUUGGUUAAUUUUUUUUAGUUCUAAAGAAGUUUCCAAUAUUGUCAGACUUGAACGGGACUCAGAAAAAAGAAUCAUUUUUUUAAUCAUUGGUUCGUCGUCUCACAAAUUGACAGGAAAUGGUGCUCACAUUAAAAUGACUUCGAAAUCCAGCAUUGCCUUUCCGAAUUUCAAGAUUAUUCACCCGGCAACAAUAUUUUCGGCGUGGAAGUCAUUAGUUGUUGACUGAAUAAGUUGACGAAAUCUUCAAAUUUUGAUUUUAACUCCCUAGAUGGGAGAAUGAAAGAAUUUCAAAGCAUCAAAAUGACUCUGAAACGCAACCUCGUUACGUCAGAUUUGCGAAGACUUGUCUGUAAGAGUUGAUAGUUCGUUCAGGUUUUAUUUUGCUGUAUCGACAUGAACACCUUUACGUGAAAUGUUAAGUUCUCAGCCUGGUUUUAGAUUUUAGAAAGUCUUGAACUCAGCCUUUUUUGUCAAAUUUUCGAAAAGUGGCGUGAGAAUGUUUUGUAAGAAAAACGUUUAUUAGGGUUUCGUAUAAGUUCAAAUCUUCUUUUGAAAUUGACAGAAACAGCCUUCAGUUAUCUGACUUGUUUUAAAGUUAUCUUGAACAACUAUGACUCAGAAAUCCAGAUACUGUCAAGACUUCCGAUGACUGAGAAGGUUCCAGUUCACAUUGCCCUUUUUGUUGAGAGAUUUCCGUGGAAGUCGAUGAAUCCCGUGAAUCUUGAACGACGAAAGAGAAACUGAGAAGAUGAAUCCAUUCUUUUUUGCUUUCCUGAAUAAUAUGUAUAAAAUCCGCCAUCUGAAUUGCGAGAUCAAAAAAACCGUCAUACGAGAGUGGUUUAAAUGUAGCUUUUUAUCUUCCGUUAUUUUCGACGUUUCUGUGUUCGAUGUCGUAAAAAUGCGUGUUGAGUGUCGAGUUUUUUUUUUUUUCUGCACAGUUCUGCGAGGUUUUUUGGACGCAAAAACGCGUGUUGCGAAUGUUUCCCGGGUUGAAAGGGGAGACAAAAGAGUGUCAUGAUGAUUUUCUGUGAGAUCUCAUGUGAAUGAUGGGAAUCCUGAUGGAAGGUCCCGAGAUGUUCAUCUGUUAUUUAAGAGGAAGCAAGCUCUUUCUAGCAUCGGAUUCAGAACAGCCUGGAUCCGCGUCUGAAGAAAAAAAUAAGAAAAACUGGUGGAUUUUUUGACGUUUUCAGUUACCUUCGAGCAGUUAGCACUUUAUAACGCCGAAAUUCUUAUCGUCCGAAGAAGAUUUUCUAUGUGUCGGGUUGCUGUUGGCAUCGUUCAGGGAGUUUCUUUUUAGGUUGAUUUUUGUGAUUAUUUUUUUUUGAAUCUCCUAAAUUUUUUUUUUUCAAAUGUUGAUCGUGAUAUAGGUCGGUUUGUGAACAGAUAGAUUUUCUUUGAAUCCUGCUGAAAGUUCGCCCUCCAUGCACAAGUUGAGAAUCUCCGGAAAAAUAUGACGUGCGUGGGAAAACAAAAAAGUCAUUCAUAUCGUAACGGGAGAGAAAGCGUGAAUAGAAGAAGGAUAUUCAGCACUUGAUCAGGUUCGAAGGCGGUUUUAAAUUGAGUCCCGGAAAUAGAUAUCGGCGAUAUCUUGAAGGAAAGAAUCUGGAACUCGCUGGGAGAUGGAAAGAAAAAGCGGAUCAGCUGGGUGCUAAGGGCAUUGAACGGUUCCGACUCUCUGAUGCAGACUUGUCAUGCAUGGAUUUUUUUUUAUUUAUCUGGACAAGAUGACGGAACGGCGCUACUUUUGGUUUUUUUUUUUUGGAGAUCACGUUGGUGUGAUUUUUGCGUAGGAUGAGUUUUUAUUUGAGAGCAGAAUUUUCGGUCCCAAAAACGUAUUGUCUUUUUGAUGUGGAGAAAAUGUGUGAGGAACGAGAUCAUUGUAAUAAAAAUUUUGAAUUUCCCGA